AUGACAAUUCAUUUUGUUCUCGGCUUUCACGAGACACUCGAUGAACGCGAAUUGAGACACAUUUUUGGGACAAGAAGCAAAAAAGCUGUUCCCGAUUACACAAUUGAAAACGUUAAACGAUCGCUUUUAAAUGGAAACGACAUUUUACAAUUUAAUUUAAACGAUCAAACGGAAAGAUUUCUGCUGAGAAAUCAUGGAGACACAUUACUUUCUGAAGACUUUCAAUUCAUAACACAUCAAGAGAAUUACACUGUAAACGAAAUUUUCGAUGAUAGAGAAUGCUUUUUUCGGGGAAAUUCGUUGAGAAAUAAUGAAACAAAGAUCGCAAUUGUUGGCUGUGAGAAUGAUAUUCGUGGUUUAAUCACAACACCGGAUGGCUCUCAUUUCCUCAUUCAUCCAAUUCCAAAGGGGAAAAAAGGGAUGCAUGUCAUUCAGAAAAGGAGUCUUUCUCUUCAUCAACUUGAGCAGAUUUGCCCUUUCAAUCGAUUAGAUGAUCCGCAUCCAGAAGAUCUCAACAUAGAGUGCCAUUUUGGUGGAAAUGCUUCGAGGCUAGCUGUCACAAAAAUUGAAGAACUAACCAUUGAGUUAGCCGUUUUUGCUGAUGAUGCCAUGUGGAGACAUUUCCAGAAAUUGUAUGGCCAACGAGCAAAACGCGAAAUGCAACGAUUCAUCAUGGCAGCUGUAAAUAAUAUCGAUGUCUUAUAUGAUCAGCGCUCAUUACAACCACGAAUCAACAUUCGAGUGGUCAGAUAUGAAGUGAUGGAGAGAGCGCCGGCAAUCAUGUCGAAAAGAGUUCAUCAAGUUGGUGAUGUCGAUAAGUUGCUUGAGGCUUUUUGCACCUAUCAAAACUUGAUCAAUCCACCGGAUGACAGAGAUCCCAGACAUUGGGAUCAUGCACUGCUUUUCUCUGGUUAUGAUCUUUAUCGAGACGGCCUUCGAACAGUAGCCGGCUAUGCACCAGUGAAAGGAAUGUGUAAUGGACAGAGGAGUUGUACACUGAACGAAGGACUCGAUUUUGGUUCAAUUUUCGUUGUCACCCAUGAAAUGGGGCACAGCUUGGGUAUGUACCAUGACGGGGACAAUGAUUGCGACCUUCGUUGUUGCAUAAUGAGCCCAUCGAUUGGAGCUGGGAAAACGGAUUGGAGUUCUUGCUCAAAUAAAGAAUUCAACAUUUUCCUAUCGAAAUUGGGUACAAAAGGUCGACCGCCAAAUUGUCUACUUGAUAAUCCUCGUAAUUCUCGCGAAACACAUUCACUCACUUUUUCUCUUAGAGAUUAUCCUGGACAGCAGUUCACAUUGGAUAAACAAUGCUCGAUUUUUCAUGGAGAAUGUUGGAAACACGAGUUGAAAGAUGGACAGAUUAUGGAAGAUGUUUGUGAAAUGAUUUGGUGUGGAAAUGGAGAAGGUAUCGUUCGGACAGCUCAUCCCGCAAUGGAGGGAUCUUAUUGUGGUCCAAGAAUGUGGUGUAUGGGUGGUAAAUGUCGUCCACAUCGAUAUCUUGUCGAUGCAAUUGAUGGUGGAUGGAGUGAAUGGAAUGACAACCCACGGAAAGGAUGUUCGACUGGUUGCAGCACUUGUGAAAUCGAUGGCCAAUUGAGUGUGAGUCGAAGUAUUCGCUCGUGCAAUAGUCCGAGUUCGAACAAUGGCGGAGAUUCGUGUAUUGGAGAUGACACAAAGGGGAUUCGAUGUCAGGAAAAGAAAUGUGAUGGCUUGUCGAUUACCGAAUUCGCUUCAAAGUACUGUAAAGUGUUGAGAGAUGAUGUAAAUGUGCCGAAUCUGCAACUCUCCGGUAUCGGGUUGCAAUAUCAACAAGCUAAAUGCAAAAUUUGGUGUCACAUUGUUGACUCUGAUCAAAUUCGAACUGUCACAAAUUUUCCCGAUGGAACACCAUGUGGAGAUGGGGAGUACUGUGUGAAAGGAUCGUGUAGGCCACUCGUCUGCAAUGGAAGCAUCGUUGGAUCAUUGGAGGAUGAAUGUCCAAUCAAAAUCAACAUCCAGCUCAACAAUUCGAUCAGUUCAGUGGCACUGAAACCAAUUUUUAGGUCCAACCAUCAAGCGGUGAGUCUAAUCGAUCGAGAAUCAAAAGUUUUGUAUAAAUGGUCUGAAUGGAGCCUGUGGACGGCUUGCUAUGGGAUUUCAUGUGGAAAAACGGGUUUUCAGCUUCGAUCUCGCAAAUGCCUCUCCGGUCAUUGUUCUGGUUACACGAAGCAGAAACAAAGUUGCAAGUUUUUAUGUGGAAAAGCUACCAAGAAAACAAUGGAAAUGACUCUUGAAAAUCGUCAAACGACAACGCCAAGAAUCGACUUUAUUGCUCCGAAAGCGAUUCACCCAGAAAAUUUCUGGCCAAGAAAGAAAUAUAGACAGAAGCUAUCUGACACAAAGAAACGAUAUGUGCUAAACAAUGAAUACGAGAAGAAUUCGGAGAUCACUGACAAAGAUCAACAAAAAAUGUUAUUGGAGAAGACUGGGUACACUGCGGAACAAAUCGAUGCAACAGCAGAUCAAAACUCGAUCAUCGAACCUCGACUCUUCAAGAAGCAAGAACCAAGCGGUUCCUUUGCGAGAUAUGUCUCGACAAUUCCAUAUCAAGAUCAAACUCUACAAGCUACUCAAAAUUUAUAUAAUUAUCAAAGCUGGUCAUUGUGGUCAGAUUGGUCGUUGUGUAGUCAGCCGUGUCUUUCCGGGUCGAGGAUGAGGAGAUGUCCUAGUGACCGAUCUCUUCAUUCAAAUGACUUCCCGAUUCGAGUGAUGGGUUUACGAAGAAUUUGUCUAUUUCUUUUCUGUUUUCCACCAUUAAUUUAUUUCUUCUUGGCCUAUUCGGAGACAAAAGAAACAGCAAAUAAUCAAAUCACGUCAAAGCACUCACCCGAGCACAACAUUUUCUCCUUACGGCUUGAUCAGAAUUUCACCGUCAAGAAUGGACCAGUCUCUUAUUUACAAAUUGUCGAAAACCCAGCAAAUAGGUUCAAUAUGCGUAACAAUGACGUGAUUGUCGUUUUGCAUAUUCAGAAAACAGCGGGUACAUCUUUUGAGAAAUUCCUUGUUCGAUAUCUUGAUACUCCUUAUCCGUGUGAUUGCUCAUCAGCCAGGAAAAGAUGUAUCUGUUUAAGGCCAAAUUCGGAAAGAGAGAUGUGGCUUUUCUCUCGUUACUCAACUGGUUGGGCUUGCGGUUUGCAUGCUGAUUUCACCGAGUUGUUCGUCUCGAAAUGUGUUGACAAACAAUUGGAUAGAAAAGAAGGCACUCACAACAAACGUCGACUUUUCGCUACAACAUUCCUUCGUGAUCCGGUGACAAGAGUGAUCUCCGAGUAUCGACAUGUGAAUCGAGGAGCGACAUGGCUUGGAUCAAGACAUUUAUGCAAAGGAAGAGCUCCAACGAAUGAUGAACUUCCAUCAUGUUAUGAUUUGGAUAUUGGAUGGGAAGGAGUGACAUUAGAUGAAUUUCUUGAUUGCUCAUCAAAUUUAGCCUUUAACAGACAAACUCGAAUGUUAGCCGAUUUGACCCGAGUUGAUUGCUAUUCAAAGAAAAUUCCAUCAAUUGAAAGAAAUCGAAUACUUCUUGAGAGUGCCAAAGACAAUUUAAGAACAAUGGCUUAUUUUGGAAUCAAGGAAAGAAUGGAUGACAGUCAAUUGCUUUUUCAUCGCCUUUUUGGAUUAAAGUUCACAAAACGUUUGUCGAGUUGGACGAAGAGUAAAUCGAAUAACACUGAGGUGUCAACAGCUCAACUCGAACGAAUCAAAAAGCUGAAUGCUUUGGAUAUUGAGCUUUAUGAGUACGCGAUAGCGAUAUUCGAGGAAAGGCUUACAUUGGUCAAGCAGAGAUAUCCAGAACCCGAAUCUUUCAUCGUUUUAAACGAAGUAAAGAAAGCUGAUUUGAUAUCAUUUCGUCGAAAUGUCAAGAUGCGCAAAGAAUUUGAGGAUUUCCAUGAUGAGAUAAAGAAUGAAAUUGAUGCGGAUACGGCUAGAGAAGAGGAUUCCGAUGGUGAUGAUGACUACAAUGAACCGAAUGAUACCGAAAAUGUU